CAAAGGCUCCCUGCGCUUCUAUUACUCAAUUGGUUUUUGUGAUCAUGGCGUUUCGGUCUCAUUAUUUUAACUUGUGCUGCUUCUUUGCGAUGAUAAUCCUUUUUGGGUCGUGCUCUGCACAAUUAUCAUCGUAUUAUUAUGCCAAAACAUGCCCAAAAGCUCUCUAUAUUAUCAAAACUGCAGUAUUGGGAGCAGUGGCCAAAGAGUCUCGCAUGGGAGCUUCUUUGCUCCGUCUCCAUUUCCACGAUUGUUUUGUUAAUGGUUGUGAUGCUUCUGUACUACUCGACGAUGAUGACGCUUCAAAUUUUACUGGGGAGAAGAGCGCAGCCCCGAAUGCAAAUUCACUAAGAGGCUUUGAAGUGAUUGAUUCUAUUAAAUCUAAGCUGGAAGCUGCCUGCCCUGGUGUUGUUUCUUGUGCAGAUAUUCUGGCAGUCGCUGCCCGUGAUUCUGUCGCUACUUUAGGCGGGCCAACUUGGACAGUUGAAUUAGGUAGAAGAGACUCGACCACAGCAAGUUUCAGUAAUGCCAAUACCGACCUUGCUUCCCCACUAAUGAACCUCGAUGAACUUAUAUCCGUCUUCUCCAAAAAGGGUUUCACUGAAAAAGAAAUGGUUGCUCUCUCUGGAAGUCAUACCACUGGCAAAGCCAGGUGUUUACUGUUUCGAAACCGGAUCUACAAUGAGACGAAUAUAGAUUCAGAGUUCGCAAAAUCAAUUCAAUCAAACUGUCCAAGCUCUGGAGGCGGUGACAACCUUUCUCCGCUAGAUGAUGGCAGCCCCGUCAUUUUCGACAAUUCUUAUUUCAAGAAUUUGGUUAAAAACAAGGGCCUACUUCAUUCAGACCAAGCACUCUUCAAUGGGGGCUCCAUGGAUUCUCAGGUUGCUACGUACAGCGAAAAUCCUAUCACUUUUUAUGUGGAUUUUGCGGAUGCUAUGGUGAAAAUGGGGAACCUUAGCGUAUUGACAGGAACCGACGGUGAAAUUCGCACUAAUUGCAGGAAAGUGAACUGAUUUGAACUAUUCAGUUAGUGUCAGCAACAAGUUAAUCCAGCCAAUAAUACUAGCUACCCCGUACUAUAUUAUUAAUUGAUAGCUUGUAAUUUUCUUCUUUCUUUUUUUACCCCUCUAUUCCCGUUUAUAUGACCGGUUAAAGCUGGCUAUGCUCGUCUCUCAUGUAAGCCUUAUAACUCAAAUAAUAAUAAUAAAUUUCUCUUCUCAAA